CCUCCACACUCAGCAGUCAUGAAGAGCGUUCUUAUUAUUACGCUGGUAGCAUUAGCGACUGGCAACAAGCUACCACAACAAAGACAGUUUGAUAGCACCGUCAGGCUAGCUAAUCCCGGAUAUUUCGGUCAGGGUUACUCCGGAGAUUCCUUCCGUGGAGAAUUUCGAUUCCAGGGUAAUUCCUUCACGUCUGAUAAUUAUGAAAACAGAGACGAAGCCCAAUUCGGAUCAAGUAAUUUCGGACGAUCCGAACUCUUCGAUAAGGAUGGUCAAUUCCAAAAGGUAACUGGGACUGCUCGUCGACAGUUCCAGGAUGAAUCACUACAGCAAAACCAGAAGAAUUCCUUUAUUUCAACUACCGGCAGUGAACAAGAUUACGAACCCCAGAGUCAAACGGCUAAAAUAACUUCUGGCAAUCAAAUUGUGUCAACUAGAGGACAGACUUUUGGAAAUCGAUUUGAGUCUGCAAGGCAACAAACUGGUUCCCUUAAGAAUGACAAUACCAAUCAAAGAAACUCUGAAUCAAUUUCACAUGUAAGCAGUAACUUCCAGAACUUUGGUAAUGUAUACUCAAACUCAGACAACCGUCGAGGUUCAUUUAGUCGCUUCAGCCAACAGGAUUCUAACAGUCAAGAUAACCUUAAAAAGGUUUUCCAACCCCAAUUUGAUCAAGAAACUUCGAACUACCAAUCCCAGCCUAAAUUCAACCAAAAGAAUUCCGGUAACUUAUUCCAUUCCAACAGCAACCAGGAUUCCUCGAACGAUCAAUUUCAAUUCAACCAAGAGAAUUACAACCAAUUCCAAUCUAAUUUCGACCAAAACCUUCCUUCUGGCCAAUUCCAGCCUAAAUUCAACCAAGAGUCUUCCAACAACCAAUUCCAACCUAGAUUCAGCCAAGACGUGUCCAGCAAUCAAUUCCAGCCUGAAUUCAACCAAAGACUUUCCAACAACCGAUUCCAACCUAAUUUCAACCGACAGAUUUCUGCCAAUUCAUUCCAGGAAGAAUCCAACCAAGAGCUUUCCAACAGCCAAUUCCAAACCAAGUUCAACCAGGAUGAUUCUAAUCAACAAUUGCAGUCAAAUGUCAACCAAGGAAGUUCAGAUAGCCAAUUCCAGUCUAACUUCAAUGAUGGAACUUCAAGAAAUGAUCUCCAGUCUGAAAGUAAUCUAAAGAAUUUUGACAAUGUCUUCCAGUCUAACAACGAGAACUCUAAUGCUCGCUUCCAGUCCAGCUUCAACACUCAGAACUCUGAUAACCGCUUCCAUCUAAAAAUUUAAAAGUCAAACCUAAAUGAUCGUUUCCAAUCCAGUCAAAUUCUAAUGACCGCUUCCCCGUCCAGCUUUAACACUCCCAAACUCAACAAACGCUUCCAGUCUAAAACUAACAGUCAAACCACAAAUGAUCGUCUAAUUUUAAAAGCCAAAACUCCAACCGCUUUGCAAGUUAAACCUAAAGAAUCAAACUCCGACAACCGCGUCCAGUCUAGCCUGAACAGUCAAAACGCCAACGACCGUUUGCGAGUGCUUUUUCAAACCCAGAUCCCAAUUUUCUCUCGACUCCAGUCCAAACCCAAAAAGUUUCCAGUGUCUUCCAAUCUAACCAAAGGGUUCCAACAGCUCGCCUCCAGUCCAACCUCCACAAGUUUCCAGUGCUCACUCCCAUCUAACCAACAGAAAACCAAACGGCUCCUCACAGACCUUUCAGUUGUUCCACUGCUCGUUCCGAUCUGGAUCACCUUCGAUUUUUCAAAGCUCGCCUCGAAUCCGAUCACAAUCCUACUUCUAGUAGGCAGAAACCACCAACACAGGGCUUCUUCUGAGUUCUUCAUCUCGACCUCCUUCAUCACUGGUCUCCCCGUGUGGCAGGACCUUUUUGACCAGAAAACUCAUGCCGUGUCGACCACAUCCCCGCAAUCCUCAACUACUUUCUCUAGGCGUUUUGAACCCUCCGAAGACAGUGAAUUCUUCUGGACGCCAUAUUUCUUAGAGUUGGUCCUCAUCUAUAUCGGAAAUAAAUUGCCUCAGAAAAACUUCUCUUCGACUCGGCCAAACUGCUCGUUUGGUGUAGAAGUAGCUGGAGGAUUUCCCGGCAGGGGAUGGCGGACGACUCCGCUACGCAAGCCAGCUCCUUCUGGUCUCGACGGCCCCGCUGGAGAAGAGCGCGGGAUAACACACGUGGAAGACGCGGCACGCAUUCUCCUGGUCAGCGUAGUAACCGUAGGGGCGGUCGAGGCAGCUGAAGGAGGUCGAGAUGCUCCCCAGCAGGGCACUGGCGCCCGAGGGAAGGUUCAGAGGCUCGAAGACCCCAUCGACGGCGCUGCUGGAGGAGGAAGUCCCGAAGAGGGAACUGGUCAGAGACUGAGAGUUUUGCGAGAGGCGGUUGUUGGCGGUCCCUUGGUUGAAGUUGGACUGGAAAUUGUUGGAAGAAGUUCGCUGAUUGUUAGCCUGGAAAUUGUUGGAAGUUCGCUGGUUGUUAGCCUGGAAGUUGCUGGAGGAACUUUGCUGAUUGUUAGCCUGUUGGAAGUUUUUGGCUGGAAGGGGAAGUUCGCUGGUUCCUGGAAGCUACUGGUAGAACUUCGCUGGGUUUUUGGCCUGGAAGUUGAUGCAGCAUUCCUUAGGUUAGACUCGGCCUGGAAACCAGCUGAAGUUGCGGUAUUCCUCGCGUUGGCUUCCUCAAUGUUAAAGUUGUUACGCUGGUCUCGAAAGCGUUUCUCGAAGUCUGGGAGGUUAUCAUUCACUUGGAAACGAUCGGCACCCUGGAAGCUACUUAUCCUGAAGUUUGAGUUGGCUGUUUACGGAUUGAACAUUGACUGUCUGGCUGUUCUGAACGUCAGGUUAGGAAGAGUUGCCUUUUAUCAUCGCCAUGGCCUUGUUAGUUUAGAAGGACUUUUCCUCAAUACGACCAAACUGUUCAUUGGUGUAAUAGAAGUUGGAGGAUUCCUGGCAGGGGAUGGCCUCCAGCUCGGCAACACAGGUUUCGAUGGCACCACUGGAGAAGAGAGCUGGGUAACAAAUGUGGAAUACACGGCACGAGUUGUCCUGAUCAGCGUAGUAUCCAUAUGGCCGGUCAAGGCACUCGAAGGAGGUGGAGAUACUUCCCAGCAGGAAGCUAGCACCAGAUGGAAGGUUCAGAGGCUCAAAGACUCCAUCGACCGAGUCAGCGGUAGACUCGAAGGAAGACUAAAGUACCCCAAGCAACCCGGUGUCCUUCCUUCCUUUCCUUCACAUUUUCCAUAUAUAAGGACAGCUAAUAGAUUCUUAGGAAGCACAAGAUUUCGCGCUGACUUGGCGAUCGCAAUUAUGAAACUCCUGUGUUUCGUGGUAUUGGCAGCGGUAGCUACCGGGCAACAGUUCCAGGAGGAAGGGCAAUAUGCCACUGCUGUCAGGCUAGCCAGGCCCGGAUACUUCCAACAGUCUGGUGUAUCUCCUUCAUCGAGCUCUUUCCAAAAUGAUCGCUUCCAAGGCAAUUCAUUCCAGUCUAACGUUCAGAACAGCCAGAGAGUCAAUGUUCAAUCCGUAAACGGCCAACUCAAAACUUCAGGAUCUCUCCAGGCAAAUGAACAGUUUGAAUUUAACACUGGCAACAACAUCAACCAAUUCCAGAGCAAUGCUUUCCAACAGAAUCAACAAAAUGCGUUUGACUCGAGUAUCUCACGACAAGAAGACAAAAGCAAUUUUCAAACAAGUAGCUUCCAGGGUGCCGAUCGUUUCCAAGUGAAUGAUAACCUGCAGACUUCGAGAAACGCUUUCGAGACCAGCGUAAACAACUUUAACAUUGAGGAAGCCAACGCGAGGAAUACCGCAACUUCAGCUGGUUUCCAGGCCGAGUCUAACCUAAGGAAUGCUGCAUCAAACUUCCAGGCCAACAACCAGCGAAGUUCUACCAGUAGCUUCCAGGCUAACAAUCAGCAAAGGUCUUCCAGCAACUUCCAGGCUAACAAUCAGCAAAGUUCUUCCAGCAACUUCCAGGCUAACAAUCAGCAAAGUUCUUCCAGCAACUUCCAGGCUAACAACCAGCGAACUUCUUCCAGCAACUUCCAGGCUAACAAUCAGCGAACUUCUUCCAGCAAUUUCCAGUCCAACUUCAACCAAGGGACCGCCAACAACCGCCUCUCGCAAAACUCUCAGUCUCUGACCAGUUCCCUCUUCGGGACUUCCUCCUCCAGCAGCGCCGUCGAUGGGAUCUUCGAGCCUCUGAAUCUUCCCUCGGGCGCCAGUGCCCUGCUGGGGAGCAUCUCGACCUCCUUCAGCUGCCUCGACCGCCCCUACGGCUACUACGCUGACCAGGAGAAUGCGUGCCGCGUCUUCCACGUGUGUUAUCCCGCGCUCUUCUCCAGCGGGGCCGUCGAGACCUACCAGUACAGCUUCAUGUGCGGCGAGGGUUCCGUGUUCGACCAGAAGGAGCUGGCUUGCGUAGCGGAGUCGUCCGCCAUCCCCUGCCAGGAAUCCUCCAGCUACUUCUACACCAACGAGCAGUUUGGCCGAGUCGAAGAGAAGUUUUUCUGAGGCAAUUUAUUUCCGAUUAUAGAUGAGGACCAACUCUAAGAAAUCUGUGGAAACUUCAAUGAAAUUAUAACGGACGUCGGAUACAUGAAAAAAACAAAUUACUGAAUACUGUAACUAAAUUAUUCAGCAUGGUAUUUUUUCUUUUACUAAAUAAACUGGUCAAAAACCUGAUAUCUAAU